AUGGUCCACCACGGAUUUAGUCGCGUCCGCAUCGCCCAUGCACUGGGACUCCCCUCCCUUGUUGUAGAGGAGUCCAUACGAAAUGGCGUGUCCUCUGCGACGCUGCGAGCCCAGCUGCGCAACUGGCUGUACGAGGUCUCGGCCUUGUCUCCAGGACAGAAGCUGCGUGUGCCGGAGGUAUUGUUCACGGAGCUGCAAGAAGAUUGCGCCGCUGAUGAGAUUCAGCGACAGCAGAAUGUGCGCAACGGCGUCGUGUCACCGUAUGGUGACGACUGCUCCCCCUUUGCCGCACUCGACCCCAUCUCCCAACAGCACUUCACUCAGCUACAGCACUCAGUGGGGCAGAGCUUUAUUUCGAUCCUGAACGACCCAGGCGAGCCGACCACAAAUGUAGACUGGGCCACUUGGUUAGGGGGUAAGCUCUACGCGGCCUUCGACUUUAAUGGCCGUGUGGGUGACCUGGAGGACAUGCUUCGCUCCUACUCGGCUGCGCAGACGGGGCCCGAGUCCUCUGCCGCCUUGCUCGCCGAGUACCCACCCAAUGAGGACUUCAGCGGCUACGUGAAGCUUAUCUCAAAAGCCUAUCAGGCCAAUCAACGUGAGGGGAUCGCGAACGAUGCGAGGGAAUGGCGGGAGGACGGCGUGGCAGACGCCGCUGGCGACUACGCGCACCUCGACGGUGCAGCGACUGUGGAUGACGGCCCGUGGCCAGCGGGGGUACCAACGGAGUUUUUUUCCAUGUCGUACGACCCGGCAGCUGAAAUACGCAUGCUAUCGGAUGCCGUGGGUGAGUCUCGGCCUGCUGCUACGUUAACGUCACCCACUGCGGCAGUGGCCACACAGGGCAGCUCAACGGGAACACCGACACAGUUCGUGGAUGGUGGCACGUUUGCGGCUGACUACGAAUACCUGGAGAGCCGGAAUAAGGAGCUGCGCGCGUGGGAGUCGGCUGUGGAGAAGUGCCUGCUGCAGCACGUCAAGCACCGCUCCGAGGACUUCUUCGCCACUUCCUGCCAGUUCAGCUCCCUCAGCAGCGACGCUCGAACCGUCUUGGCUGACGUGCGAGUGGCUCGCGAGGGCGGCAUGCGCGCUGGCGAGCACUGCAUUGCCGAGUACAUCCGCAUUGGCAAUCUCUACCGGCGACGGCAGAACUUUCUGCGACUGAACACCACCGCCACCUCAGCGCAGCAAGUGCUCCGGCGAUUAGGGGACGUCGAGAACUGGGCUGCGCUGCCGGAGCGCGACUUUGGCGAGGUGCUGGCCAUCUCAUCCGCGCUGCUUGACCUGGAGACUGCGGUGCGCGGCACCAAGGAUGUGGAGCAGGGCGUUGCGUGGAAGUCCUUGUCGCACCUACAAUGCCUCCAGGAGGUCCCGGGGCGUCUCCGGAGAGCGCGCAAAGCCCUCGAAAAGCUCGUGCUCGACGAGUACUGUGACGUGCUGCUGAGCAACCUCGACGAAGGCGAGUCAAACGAGCGAGUGACGACCGUGUGCGAGAGCGUAACGCGCCUCGGUGUGCUGAACGCGGCAAAUCAGCUCUACCAUGUAAGGCUUGUUGAGCUGCUUCAUGUCAUGGGGCAAGAGAUGCUCGUGAGUCUCUUCAUGAACGCUGGCACGCUGGAUAAUACCAAGGCGAAUGAGCUUCUCUCCAUUACCAGCGACACGGUUGCUCUCGCCCUGCCAGAGGCACGCCAGCAGCUCUGCGGGUUUGCGAAACACCUCCGCUUUCAGGGCUAUCUGCAGGUGCUGCAGCAGUUUGUGGACAUGCUCGUGGACUUUGUGACACACGCGUCGCAGAACUGGGGCUUUUUCCUCACGGGAGGGCUGCGGACGGCGCUCGCCAUGUACGAGAACCGCCACAUCCUGAUGGAGACGGCGACGCGGGACCUGUUUGCGCGCGUGUGUGGCGAGGCGGAGUCGCUAGUCGCGUCGUUGCUGGAGGUAUAUGCCAACGGGCCGCAGUUGUCGUCCAUGGUUGAGGUGGUGCAGCUCGUGCGCGUUAGUGUGCAGUUUCCGGUGCGCGUGACAGGCGAUGUGGCUGGUCGACUGGUGUUGCUUCUUCGCGAAGGAGGCAGCGGGUAUGGGACUCCGACCGGCUCGCCCGUGUCGUCGACUGCGGGCGACCACAAGGCGCAGUCCCUCGCAGCUGCCGAGGAGCCGGCCGGCUUUGUGGUGUACCGUCCGACAAAAGUGAUCGGCACCACUGUUCAGCGACUCGCCAAGCGCUUUUUCCGCCACCAGCACAGCGUCAACAAGGAGAACAUGAUUAUGGUGACGGAGGGGGAGACGUGGGCCGCCAAGGAGGCGGUCGACGAGUCGAUACAGCAGCAGGUGGAGGACAUGUGCACCAUGGAGGCGACAGCGCUGAAGGCGUUUCGACUGCGCUCGCUGACGGCCCUCUUCGCCUCGGGCGACAGCGACGGCGUCUUUAAUCGAUGGCGCCAUUCGGCGAGCUCGGCUCGUGGAGCUACGGAUGCCUGCGGCGCGGAUGAUCUGCUCAGUACCGGAGCCGCUAAACUCUACGUGCGAGUACGGUGCAGUACCGGUGCCGUCAUUCUACCCAACGGGAAGACGGCUAGCGAGCCGGCGGAAGCGGCGCCGGGUGCCGACACUGACGAGCUGGAGGGCCGCCUCGUGCCCAUCUCCCUCCUCGUUUUGAUGGAUCUGCUGCACAAAUAUCACGAAUAUAUUGCCCUCUUCCCCUUCCUUGCCUUCGAUGUCGCGUCGCGCAUGAGUGAGCUGCUCGAUGAGUACGAGGGCCAGGCAGCUGCCAUGGUGCUUGGUGCGCGGGCAGUAGAGAAAGGCACGCUCUCCACCAUCACCACGCAGCACUUAUGCAUCGCCUCGCAGUGUGUCGCGUUUCUCAUCGAUUUCAUUCCUGCUCUGCAGGCGCACUUGACGGCCGCCAUGGAAGAGGGUGUCCUUGUCUCGUCACUGCGUGGCCGCGCGCCGCUCGAUGCGCUGGCGGUGGCAAACGCGCUAGGCCUUGUGGGCGGUGCUUCAGCAUCACAGAUGCCGUCAAACGCGUCCUCUGCAAACACCGCUCCUGAGACGUCGAAGCUGUUCGUCAAGAAUGACUGGAACCGUGUGGUGCGCAACUGCAUGGCCCACCGCAACGAAUUCUUCUCGAAGAUGGGGUCCCUCGUGCACCGCAAGGUGAACAGCCUGGAUCACGUCUCGAUGGAGAAGGGACACUGGUCGGCAAGCGGUAACGAGUGGGUCAUGGCCAUGCUCCGCGAGGUGGCACGGCUAAUGCGUGCGCUGCGGCCCUUGCUGCCGCCUGGAGACAUGGAUGGCGUGAUGGUUCCAUUGCUAGGGUCACUGAGUGUCAUGCUACGCGAGUCGACCCUGCAGAUCCCGGCCACCGCCGAGGAUGACCGCGCUGCCGCCGCGUCGGACGUGAUGCUCUUCACGGCAAACGUGGAGAAGUUCGGCUACGAUGUCCUCAGGUGCGCCGAGGUGACAUCGGUGUCUGCGGUGAUGCAAGGCGGCCAGUCCUUUGGGCCAGUGUCGUCAGAGGAGGCAGUUCUGCGGUGGUUUUUGCUGCCCCCUCAGUCCGGCUCUCCUCGGCUUCCCGCCGCAACCAAGUGA